AGUCGGGCUCCACCCCGCAGUCACGGUCUGUCUCCGGUUCGUGGCCUGUUCACCCAUUCAGAGACAAAGCUGUAACCGGCCUUUCCUGUCUUCUGCCCCUUCAAUCGGCUGCUAGUCUGUAGCUAAACGAGAUUCGGUUCGCUUGUAGCUGCUGACGUGCCACCGUGUUCGUGUGCGGGACGUUUGUGUCCGAGCAUUUCCGGUGUUAAACUGUGACCUGUCAGAUCAUUAAAUUUGUGACCGCAGAUCCACGGAGCCACGCCGGCCGUGGGCCUGGAGACACAGACAGACAUCGCUUUACUUACUCUACUUUGUUUACCUGCUACUUAAAGUCACGCAGGACGUCUGCACUCCCGUGUCUGCGCAGACACGACCGGGGAAACAUGGCACCAAAGAGACGAGCUGCCUCUGCUGCCAAGGCUGGAGGGAAGAAAGUGAAAGAGGAGCCCAAAGAUGCCUUCACCUCCGCCAAAGAGGCCCUUCUGGCUGCAGGGGCCCAGCCCAAAGGCAGAAGGGCGGUGGAUGAACAGUGUCCCCUGGCUUCCACGGGCGAGGUGUAUGAGGACUACGGCUGCAUGCUGAACCAGACCAACAUAGGUCACAACAACAACAAGUUCUACGUCAUCCAGGUCGUUCAAGAAAACAAGAGGUUUUAUUCGUGGAACCGGUGGGGGAGAGUGGGUGAAGUUGGACAAAACAAACUCAACUCAUUCGAUACGCCUGAGAAAGCUGUCAAGGACUUUGAGAAGAAGUUUAAGGACAAGACAAAAAAUGACUGGAGCAACAGGAGCAACUUUGUCACUCAUCCUGGGAAAUACACUCUGAUUGAGGUGGAAGGAGAGCAGGAUGCCGAGGUCAAGGUUGACAGUGUUGAUGGAAAAGCCGUCAAAGUGCCUAAAAACACCCUGCCUUGUACCCUCGAUGAAGCCACUCAGAAGCUCAUUACACUUAUUUUCAGCAAUGACAUGUUUAAGGAAGCAAUGGAGUGUAUGGACUUAGAUAUCAAAAAGAUGCCCUUGGGCAAACUAAGUAAGGUUCAGAUUGCAAAGGGCUUUGAGGUUUUAGAGGAGAUUGAAGCAGCCUUGAACAAACCCAACCAAAGACAUCUUCUAGAAGAACUUUCCUCCAAAUUUUUUACCACAAUUCCUCACAACUUUGGCCGGAACAGGCCCCCAACCAUCAACACCAAAGAGAUCAUUGAGCAUAAAAAACAGAUGCUUAUGGUCCUGGCUGACAUUGAGCUAGCUCAGACUCUGAAGUCUGAAACGGAGAAGGCUCAGGAAGAGAUGAUCGAAACAGUUCCUCAUCACCUGGACCAGGACUACAUGUCUCUUAAAUGCAAGCUUUCUUUACUGGACAAAAAGUCUAAAACAUUUAAGAUCAUCGAAACGUACCUUAAAGCAACUUCUGACAAAUUCUAUAACCCAACAAUUGUCAAUGUGUGGGAGGUUGAUCGAGAGAUGGAGGGGCAGCGUUUUGCUGAGAACGACAAGCUGGAAAAUCGUCGUCUUCUUUGGCACGGUACAAAUAUAGCAGUGGUUGCAGCUAUUCUGAAGAGCGGCCUGAGGAUAAUGCCUCAGUCAGGAGGCCGCGUCGGUCGUGGGAUCUAUUUUGCAUCUGAAAACAGCAAGUCUAUAUGUUACGUACGCACCUCAAACAAAACAGGGGUGAUGUUUCUAAGCGAGGUUGCACUUGGAAGAGAGUACACUAUUACCAAGGAUGAGCCCUCUUUAAAGGAAGCGCCCUCAGGUUUUGACAGUGUGGUGGCACGAGGUCGAGUGGAACCAGAUCCCUCUAAAGACACUUUCAUCACCCUGGAGGGUAAAGAGGUGGCCGUUCCUCAAGGAAAAGCCCAACACCAGCCCCGGUUCUCAAACAGCUCCUUCUGCAACAGUGAAUAUCUCAUUUACAAGGAAAGCCAGUGUCGCCUUCGCUUCCUGCUGGAACUGAAAAUGCGUCAAUGAUUGGAAUCACAGAGAAGCACCUCAGCAUGAGCGAUAGAUAAGCUGUCGUGGAGUUUAAUGUACCUGAAGAUCGCUUUAAGGUGUUGAGAUGACUGCUAUGACCAAAUCCUAAUUCUUUUCUGUGCCUUCCAGCAUGGUGCUGCUGCAACUUGUGUCUUGCGUUGCAUAAACGAUGAAAGUAAUGCUUAUUUUCUCUGUUGAUAGAUAAGAUUGUAACCUUGCACUGUAGUGUCACAUUUAUAUCUGCAUAGAUGUGUGAACACAGCUACAUUUGGACUUUUCUUGUAGUUUGAUGCUGCAGACAGUCCUUUAUUAAGCGACUAAGAAUGUUUUGGUUUUACCAAAGUCUGUUAGCCUUCUGCUCCAGUGUGGAGCAAAUGGGAUAAUAUGCAGGUACUGGACCCACUUGGCGAACAGUUUACUUUAGAAGGAAGUUUCCUCUUCUUGAACAUUGUCUUUAAAAAGGUUAUAUCAAUCCUUUUUCCUCUUUGGAUUGUUUCUUCUUUGAAUACCUGUGUGAUUUGGUUCAAGAGUUCUUAACUAGAAGGAAAAUAAAUGUCUGGGAUCUUUUGCAUGCAGCAUGGCUUUAAAAAUGUGUGGACCUUUGCAGUAGUUGUAAAAUGACAGUACAUCGCAGCAACAUUAAGGCUCUCUGUAUUUGCAGAAAAGAUGCAUAUGAAGUUUUGGGAGAUGUUACAAGGUUUCUUGUAAGAAAAGCUCUGAUUGUGUCUGAAAUGCUGCUUCCAAGUGAAACUACAUUGCACAUGAGAUCACUUUAAUGAGUUAAUAAAAUGAUAAUCCUCGUAAA